AUGGGUCUGACGAACGUGGAGUUUGAACUUGCCUCAUCCUGGAUCAAGGCGUUUGGUGACGCUGUCAGUCAAGCAAACGUAAAAGCCUUGCUCGACUGCCUUGAACCAUCUUGUUGGUUCCGUGAUCUACUAGUCUUCAAUCCAAGCCUCGAGACACGUCACGGACAUGAUGCUAUCCGCACCCACUUACAGUCCGCACUGGGCAAGGCACAAGUCUCGAAUGUUGUCCUCGAUAGCCAUCCUCAUGGAAGCCCCCGCGCUUCUCAAGUUGGUCCGGUACUGCCUCCCAUUAUUGAAACGGCAUUUGAUUUCGAGACACCUAAGGCACUUGGUAAAGGCUAUGUCCGCUUGAACUAUCCGAAAGAAGGCGAUGGCGAAAUUCCGAAGGCCCUCGCCGUUAUGAUGAUGUUAAGGGACUGGAAAGGCCAUGAAGAACCACAGAACGAGUCUGGCGUAUAUGGCGGACAUACUUUAACAUGGGGCGAGAUUAUACCCAGUCACCGUUCCAUCUUAACGCCUAGAUUAGUUGGUGCAGGUCAAGCUGGUCUCGAUACAGCUGCCCGUUUCCGUCAAAUGGGCAUUCGUGCUAUUGUGAUUGAACAGACUGCCCGCGUCGGUGACGUUUGGCGGAAUAGGUAUCCCACGCUUGCGUUGCAUACUCCGCGCUCGCACCACGGCCUCUUGUAUCAGCCAUUUCCGUCGAACUGGCCGACAUUCACUCCACGAGACAAGCUAGCAAAUUGGUUCGAACGGUACGCUGAAGAUCAGGAUCUUGUCGUUUGGACUUCCACAACUCUCGUACCAACUCCGAAAUACGAUUCCACUACGAAACGCUGGGAUCUGACCGUCAUUCGCAAUUGCACACCCAUUCGCCUUCGUCCACAGCAUAUUGUCAUGGCCAUGAGCGCAUUGGGUGAUCCUGUAAUCCCGUCACUCAAGGGAUCCUCCUCAUUUGGGGGAGACAUUCUUCACGCGGGUACAUUCCCUGGAGCUGAACAGUACAAGGGGAAGCGUGUGGUCGUGCUUGGGGCAGGAAAUACAUCAGUGGAUAUAUGCCAGGAUCUCGUCUUCCGUGGUGCGCAGAGCGUCACAAUGAUCCAACGCUCGGAAACUUGUGUCGUCUCAGAUAAGUAUGUCACUACGAUGAUCACCUCGGUGUUCCCCGAGGACCGUCCUACGUACUACUCGGACCUCUCGUUUGCCGGACUGCCACUUGGCGCAUUCCGCGAACUAGGGAAGAUACUCCAACCGUUUGUGGACGAGCUCCACAAAGAUAUGCAUGAUGGUUUAAAGAAGGCUGGAAUGAAACUAUUUGCCGGGCCGGACGGUUCAGGACAAUUAGUGAUGGCAUUUGACCGUCAAGGAGCUUCCCUAACUGACUUAUCGACGUUAAAAGGUUAUUUCGUUGACGUUGGCUGUGCGGAACUCAUUAUUAACGGCAAAGUUAAAGUCAAGCAAGGUGUCGAAAUCGAUCAUCUAACUGAGAAGACCGCCGUGUUCACGGACGGUUCCGAACUCGAGGCAGAUGCGAUCAUACUUGCGACCGGAUGGCAUCCAGUCCGUGAAAAGCUGGUCCGAUUAUUCGGGAAAGAAGCCAUAGAUAAGACGAGUCCGUUGAUGGGUAAUGACGAACAUGGAGAGAUGCGAGCGGGAUGGAAGCCAUCUGGCCAACCAGGGCUUUGGUUUGCUAUAGGUGACUUUUCGAUUGCGAGGUUCGCUUCGAAGUUGCUGGUAAGUCUACUGCUUCCUUCAACUUCGGUCGUAGCUGAUGCAUUUACUGGCGAUUUACCUAUUCUCGUUCGAUAG